CAUGGAAGCUGUGCGCUCUUGCCAGGCUGUGGACAUGGCUGGUGGGCUGGUUUGCCCCCUUUCCAGCACACCCAGAGCCGGGCUCAGCCCCCUGCACCCAUCCCAGCUCCUUUUCCCCUGAUUUGUGCGAGAGGAGCUGGUGUCCCGAUCCCCAUCCGACCGCUCCAACCCCCCUCGCCACCCUGGCAGCUGCCGGUCACUGUUUGCUCCCCAACGGAAAGGUUGGCUGCGAGGGCAGGGUCAGCCUCAUCCCAGGAAAUCUGCAGAGCUCCCUUAUCGCUGGGAAAACAAGGGCUGAUCCAGCAGGAACUGGGGCAACUCCAGGGUGAGCUCUCUGCUGGAGAGAUGCUCCUGAAGCACAGGGCAGCCCCACGGAUGCCGGCCUGGCAAAUACCUCUGAAGGCUGCGCUUCUCCUCACCCUCCUGGUUGCCUCGGCGGUGUCGCCAGCACAGCCGGCACAGAGCGGCUUCUGGGAAUACCUAAGCCAGCUGACGAGCGACAAGGAGAGCCCGGAGCAUGGGCAGAGCGGGAAGCCAGGCAGGGACAUCGCAAAUCCAAAGGGAAGUAUCCGAGAUGGGGUUGGCUACGUGGGAAAUUUCCUGGAGAAGCUGGUGCCCCUCAACAGGGGCCUCCAGCCCCAGCUCUACCAGGACUCUGACAGCCUGCGGAAGCUCGUCAGGAAAGAACUAGAGAGCCUGAGGGUGAAACUGUCCCCGUAUGUGGAUGAGGUCCACCACAAGGUGGGCAAGAACCUGGAAGAUCUCCGCUCUCGGCUGCAGCCCUUCACGCAAGAGCUGCUGGACCAGGUGUCCCUAAAAGCCCGGGAGCUGCGGCGGCACCUCACGCCCAGCCGGGAGGUGACGGCUCAGCUCCUGGAGGGUGCAGACGAGCUGCAGAGGUUCAUGGCUCACUACACCGACAAGAUCGCGCUCCACACGGAGCAGGUGAAGGCCAUUUUCCACCCCUACGCUGAGAGGCUGGUGACCGAGAUCCACCGCAAUGUGGAGGAGCUGCACAGGAACGUGGUCCCCCACAGCCGUGCCAGCCCGGAGCAGCUCCAGGAGUACAUCCAGGAGCUCUCUGCCAAGCUGACCCAGAACGCCCGGGAUCUCCACCAGCAGAUCCAGAGGAACCUGGAGCGGCUGAAGGAGCAGCUGAAGGAGCAGCUGACGGAGCAGCUCAGCCGCGAUCCCGACCACCUCCAGCCGCCUCCGGCCGCCGCCGAGGAGCUGGCACGGGAGGUGCAGCGCCGCGUGGAGCAGUUCCGCAGGGACACGCACCUCCAGGUGCGGGGCUUCACGCGGGCGCUGGACCGGGAGGCGGAGGAGAUGCGGCUCAAGCUCUCCUGCUGCCCGGGAGAGCCGCAGCCCGGCCCCCCCGCGCUCCAAGACCUGCCUGCCCGCCUCGACGCUCUCUGGAAGGACCUGGCGAGCAGCCUGGGCGAUCGGGGCGGUGAAAGGCGCUGA